CAAUUGUAUUCCUUGUUUGAUCCUGUGAACGGGGCUCAAAAAUUGGAGCAGCAGAAGUUAUCUCCAGAUGAGAUUGAUGUUCUUGAACAGAAUUUUUUGACAUAUUUGUUUCAGGUGUGAACACUUCUUUCGACACCAACAAACUCUGGAAGAAGAAAAGAUUGGACUUUCUUCUUUUCAUUUGGAGGGCAAUGUACAACUUUGGUUUCUUCAAUUAGAGACAUAUCUGCCUCAACUGUCUUGGGAUGACUUCAGACGUCACUGUAACCUUCGUUUUGGGCCACCAAUCAGAAGUCAGAAAUUGGGAGAAUUGGCUAAGCUACGCCAGAUCGUGUCUGUGACAGAUUACCAAGAACAUUUGAGCAAUUAAAUUCCCGGGCUGAUUUGGCUACAGCGAUGAGUUUAUCUCGACUUUAUAACACAAGCAACAACCCAUUUGUUAGAUGCUAGCAAAUCAAAGACAACAACUUUCUCACCUCAACAACAUGUCAGAUUUGUGAAGAAACUGAUCAGAUCUGAAAUGGAGAAAAGACGACUUAGGGGACUUUGUUUCAACUGUGAUGAACCAUUCACUCGAGGUCAUCAGGGCAAGAAGUUAUUCUGGAUUGAUUUCAUUAACGAUGAAGAAGAAUUAGUUUCCACACAACGCGAUUUGAAGAAGAUUAUGGACAAAAGUAACUUUAAAAUAGCAAGUGAUGAAGAGAUUGAUGUUGCACAUUCCGGGCAGUAUCUACUAAAUCUUCCAAUCAGUGUUGAUGAAUCUAAGCUUGACAAAAAACUUUUAAAGAAGUAUUUUGCAGAGCAUCCUCACGAGAGCCUUCCAGAGUUUGCUGACAAGUACAUAAUCUUCCGUCGCGGCAUUGGAAUUGAUAAGACUACGGAUUACUUUUUCUUGGAAAAAGUGGAUAUGAUUAUUUCACGCAUUUGGGGAUGGAUUUUGAGAAAAACAAGACUAUUUUCGAGGAGAUCAAGUUCACGGCACCAGAAGAAUCUAAAAAAGGAUGAUGGGAUCAAUAGUGAAGCAGAAGAUCAGGACUUAUAUGUUGAACGUAUCCGCAUUGAAAAUAUGGAACUCAGUUUACGUAGUCUGAUGAGCAAGAUAACAAUUCAAGAACCUACUUUUGACAGGAUAAUUGUUGUCUACAGAAGAGCUGGUACCUCAGCAAAAUCAGACCGAGGAAUUUAUGUGAAGCAUUUCAGACACAUUCCAAUGGCUGACCUGGAAAUUGUCCUGCCAGAGAAAAAGAACCCCAGUUUAACUCCAAUGGAUUGGGUCAAAUUCCUUGUGUCUGCUAUAGUUGGUCUGGUUGCUGUUGUGAGUUCGCUUGAAUUGCCUAAAGCUGAUAUAUGGGUCAUGUUUGCUAUCCUCUCCACAGUGAUAGGCUAUUGUGCAAAGACAUACUUCACGUUUCAACAAAAUAUGGCUACAUAUCAAAAUUUGAUUACACAGUCAAUGUAUGAUAAACAGCUAGAUAGUGGAAGGGGUACUCUUCUACAUUUGUGUGAUGAUGUGAUUCAGCAAGAGGUAAAGGAAGUUAUUAUAUCAUUUUUCAUUUUGAUGGAACAGGGUAAAGCUACUUUGGAGGAUCUUGAUCUGCGCUGCGAGGAGUUACUAAAAGAAGAGUUUGGUGUAUGCUGUAAUUUUGAUGUAGAUGAUGCUGUUCAGAAACUAGAUAAAUUAGGCAUUGUUACUCGGGAUACAAUUGGACGGUAUUAUUGUGUUGGUCUCAAGCGUGCAAAUGAGAUAAUUGGGACUACAACGGAAGAGCUUGUUCUCAAAGCAAAACAGGGUGCAGUUUCUUCAUGAUGUUAUUUAUAUGCCAGAUGAUUAGCUUCUUCCUAUCCUUUUUUCCCCUCUUUUUGGCUUGUAAGAAAAAAAUUGAAUACCACACGUGGGGGUGUUGUAUUUUAUUCAUUACAUAUCUUGGAUGCUGCUAGUUUUCUGGGCUUUCGAUGUCAUAUUCUCUGUUGAAAAGAGUGAAGUGAAUGCGGAAGCUCAUGGAUGCCUGAACUCUAAGCCUAGAAGUAGUCCUUAUUGUGCUUUUAUAAAUGGAAAAUGUUGGUACGGAAAUGAGCAUUCUAGAAAGCUGAUGUUUGGCUCCAA